AUGACUAAUAUCAUUAAUCAAAGUCAAGCAUCUUUUAUCCCUGGGAAGAAUAUCUGUGAUCACAUCCUUUUGGCUUAUGAAAUGAUUUGUGGCUAUAGCAGAAAGGGUGGAACUCCUAGGUGUAUUCUCCAAUUAGAUAUUCAGAAAUCUUAUGAUAUAGUUGACUGGUAUGUUUUAGAGAAUAUCCUAAAGGAGUUUGGAUUCCCUAAAAGGUUCACAAGAUGGGUUGUGGUUGUUGUCUCUAUUGUAUCCUAUAGAUUUAACAUUCGUGGUGUGCAUACUAGUACUAUGAAAUCUAGGAGGGGCCUUAGACAAGGUGACCCUAUGUACCAUUUACUCUUUGUUAUUAUGAUGGAAUACCUCCAUAGUAGUGUUCAUAAGUUGAGUUAG